AUGCCUCCAAAAGAACGAAAAAAUCGAUUUAAAAUUAAAUGUUUAGAAUGUGGUGUUGAAAUGGAUUUUGAUUACAAGAAAAAGCAUAAUUCAAAAAAACACCAUGAUUUGCAGAAAGAGCGUAAAGCUAUUCGCUACGAAGUAGUUGGGGCGCCCAAAAAUCCGUUUGACACAGCCGCUCGGAAAGUUACCGUUGUUUCGACGAAACUGACUGCUGAAAGUGCGGACACAGAGACUAAGAACAAAGAAAAUACGGACAGUGUGAGCUCAGAUGAAGAUAUUCCCUCAACAUCAAGAGAAGAAGAAGUACCAUCAUUCGUGAGUGAUGCGCGUGACCCAGAAUUAGAAAUAUCCAUAGAAAAACGAGGUUGGAAUAAAAUCGAAAACGAACCGGAUCAAACAAUCCAAGAAGCAAAGAAGCAGAAAAUAGAUAAGGAUUCAAUAAGUGAUGUUCUCGUCGAAACUAACACCCCGGACUUUCCAGAAGAUGACAUAAGCAGUGCUGCCAGUACAUCGUCUCAUUCAUCAUCGAACUUUCAGUUUAAUGACCCUAUUCAACCCAUGCUAUCGUUGGUAAGUCAUCUUCAAUUCACUUUCAUAAAUUUAUGUCUUUAACGUCUUGGACUUUGUAGAAUUUUGGAAGAAAUGUAGGCAUAGUGUAAAUCCUUGUAAUUUUAUUAAGAUGAUGGACCUGAGCAGUCAACAAUAGAAGACCAUGAAUUAGCGGGCAUGUUGGGAGAAAUUCUGGAUGUGCUAAAAGAGGCCCAAGAUUUGCACGAAUCGUUCGCGUCGGAAGAUUAUAGCCAAGAUGUAUUUAUUUCAACUAUCGAGAAGUUUGUGUCAGAUUUGAAAGAAAAAUGUCACUUGUUAUUGUCAUCAUCAAAAGAAGCUUUAACUUGUGAAGAAAACGUUCUGAAGCAAACGUUGGAAAAAUCAGUUGAAGAGGAGUCUUCUAUCGUGACAAACGAUCCAGCAGAACGUAUUGGGGUAAAGCUGAAUGAGUCACAAAAGAAUUUUCUAAUAGCCUUGGGACCUUGUCAGCCGAUUCUUGAAAGUUAUCCAACGAACCAGACAAUCGCUAAAUCGAAACAAAAUUCGUUUACAUCAAAAUGGUACGAAUCAAUGCCUUUUUUGGAAUACAGUCCAACUCUGGAUCGAGCUUUUUGUUUUGCCUGCAGCCUGUUCGGGGAGGGUCCUGGGACAUCAUGUUCAUGGACAAAAGAUGGAGCAAACCGCUGGGAUAAGAUGAAAGGCCGGGGGAAAAGCAAGCAAGGAAAACUGGUACAGCACUUCACUAGUGCAGCUCAUAAAGCAUCGGUUGAUCGGUUCGAUAUUUUUUCAAAAAGAAGAUGUAGCAUUAUCUAAAAAGAAGAUGUAGCAUUAUCUAAUGCGAGAAAGCAAUUACUUGCCCAAGAAGAGCGGGAACGUCUGCACAAUAGAGAAGUUAUUAAAGUUAUUCUAGAUUGUUGUAGAUACUUGUCAAGACAAGCCCUUGCUUUUCGUGGUGGCGAUGAUGAUCUCAAUGGAAACUUUAGACAAUUAGUAAACCUAUUGUCACGCUGGAUUCCUUUUCUAAAAACCUGGUUGACCACAGCCCAUUUACGUCCAAACCGUGUCACUUACUUGAGUGGUAAAUCCCAGAAUGAAUUGAUCAACCUUUUAGCAGUUGAAGUGCGCAACAUUUUAACAGAACAAAUACGUUCUUCGGCUGUUUACGCUGUACUUGCUGACACAACACCCGAUGUUGCUCAUGCCGAUCAAAUAUCUUUAAUUAUACGCUAUGUGGACGCAGAGUUUCGCAUCCAAGAACGGCUUCUCAAAAUAUCAGAGAUCUCUUCUAAAACCGGUGAUGGAUUUUCUCAAAAGGUUCUAGCAAUGGUAACAGAAUUGGGUAUUCCCCAUGCUGGUAUACGUUUUCAGUGCUAUGAUACAUGCAACAGCUUCGAUGUCCGGGGUUUACAAUGGGGCACAAGCGAAGUUAAGUGA